UAUCGAAGCGCUUCGAUGGACGACCUGUUGCUGAAAGAAAGGAACUUCAACGACGCGUACUACUAUCCGUGUCCUGUGAUCGAUCCAAACAAGAAACAGCAACAGUUGCAGCAGCAGCAGCAGCAGCAACAGCAACAGCAGCAGCAACAGCAACAACAACAACAACAACAACAACUUUUCACGUGUGCGCUUUGCGGCAAAGAGUACACUUGGAUGUACAGCCUGCGUCGACAUCAGCUGCAAUGUGGCAACAAAGAAGCGAGAAACAAGUGUCAUUUUUGCUCGAGAAAAUUUUACAGGCGCGACAGACUGAAAGAACAUUUGCUGGCACAUCAUCCGGAUUUGAUUUAGAGAUUAACGAACGAUAAUACGACCUCUCUGAAAAACUUCGAGUCCCUUCCUAGCGAUUCGAGGGAUACCUUUCGAUCGUGUUCGAACGUUUUGACGUUCCUUUCAAAUUGUACACCCCCUCGUAUAUAUCGUUCGUACCGAUGACGCGAUUGAAUCCGAGAAAAUGUAUUUUUCCC